AUGACAGAAGUUUCUGUACACCCUUUAGUUAUUUUGAACGUUAGCGAUCAGAUAAACAGAUCAAAGUGUAUAAAUAGUAAGAAUAUUGUUGGUAUUAUUAUUGGAAAUCAACUUGGUAGAUCCGUAGACAUCAUCAAUAGCUUUGAGCUUAGGUUACUAGAUGAUGGCAGUAUAGACGAUGAAUAUCUGACUGGCAGACUCGAGUUAUAUAAUCAGGUUUUCCCACAGUUUGAGUUACUCGGUUUCUAUACAAACAUCCCAGAAUCAGAGCAUUUACAAGAGCAACUCUUCAAAUACAGAGAAUCGCCUUUGAUGCUAUAUUAUGAUGAGUCUAUCACUGACAGCUUACCAUUCGAGAUAUACGAAUUGAUAAAGUCAUACGAGAAAAUAUUCACCAACAACCUUAACCUAACGAUAAAAUCAUCAGAAGUGGAAAUGAUAUCAAUCAACCACUCAAACAAAUAUACCAACAAUCAAUUGAAAGAUUCCAUAGAUGGUGACUUCAACUCAAUCAGCUUAUUACAUAGCAGAUUGAGCGUCAUUGUCAAUUACCUUAACAACCUGGGUGAUUCACAACCAGAUCCUGAGAUCAAUGCAAUGUUAAACUCACUUUAUCAUCUACUCAACACGGAUAGUCAUCAAUAUAAAGACGAAUUCAAUACUGAGUUUAAUGACACGCAAUUGACGACUCUCUUGAGCAGUCUAACAACAUCAACAAACAGCUUGAAUUCGCUUCUUAACAAAUUUCAAGUCAUUAACAACUCAUUUGAUUUACUUGCACAGCAACAAUAAAAAUAUUAAACUGAAUGCAUUCUAUUUAAGAUCUUCUCGGUUUGCUUAUUUAGCUUUAACUGUGGUACUUUCUUCUCAAAUACCUCAAUCAUUCCUUUACCCAUGUUUAUUAGUUCUUCUCUAUUGUGAACUUCUUUGAAGUACCUCCUUGGUCGAUAUUUGUAUUCGAACUUUGGUCCAGCCGGCUCACCGAUUUCUAGUAGACUUUUAAGGUAUAUGUUUAGACUAUUGAUAGCAAAAACUUCCUUUUGCUUCCCUUGAUAGCUAUCUAAGAGGUUAUCGACCAGAUUGGCCGCGCUAUCCUCGUAUCCUGUCCGAAGUAGCCAUCUGAGGCAAGCAAGAGAGAGAUUUACCGAUAACCCAUCCUUGGCUGUUGGCAACUGAAAUAAUCCUUUUUGCAAAACGACGAUAGGAAGCACAUUAAUCAAAGCUUGUUGCGUUGGUUUCGCAUCAUCUAUCAGACUACCUAGACUGUUGUGAUCGAACGCUGCAAUUGCCUUGCUCUGUGAUAAGCUGUAACUCCUCCGCGCUCUCGCUUGAUCCCUCUGAUUCUUGUUUAUACCAAUGCGACCAUUGUGUACGCCAUUCAAGAGAAUAAUAAAGGCUUUCUCGGAAAUGAGCACACCUUUUCUGAUGUUCUGGAUAUAAUAAGCCAAAGUUUUGAUAUCUCGCAAGAAUACCAAUCCGGGUAUGAGUAAAUUCGCUAUAGCACUCUCUCCGAAAAUGUUUAGCCGACUGGUAGCUUUCCUGAUGGCUUUCCUGUCAUGGCGAAUAAGCGCUCUACUGAGAUCUUUCAGUUUGUCGCUAUCGAGUAUCCUUUGCUUGGCUAUACGACGUUUCUUGAGUAAAUUACCCACACGCGGUCGACUAGCCCGGUUUUCUCUAAGUUUUCUACUCUCUAUUAGUCUGUCUUCUAAACUGAAUGCUAUGGCGUUCUGCCUUCUUGGUUUUGGACGGUCAAUAGGGUGGUGCCUUUCUUCAUAUGUUCCUUCUACAGGGAUAUUGAUAGCUGGUCUACGCUCGUAUGUUCUUCCACCAUAUACAGCUGGUACAGGAGCCCCUAAACCGCUGUCGUCUUCUCGCGGUAUUCUCGUCGACAGCGCCCGCGAGAAAGCAAUCCAGCUUGAUCGACGUAGAGUGGCCAGGCUGAUUGCCAUCUGAUAAUUUGUUAGGAUCGUACGCUAGAUAUCCUAAUAUACCUACAACACCCUUCCUAAUGGUACACUUACAACAACAUAUAUCAAUUAAAACGAGGAAUAUAUAAAAAAAAUAUUAACAAUUUUACAACAU